UUUUAUUUUAUUUCAAAGAACCAGGAAAACAUUGUUUUAGUGUAAUGUGGCUUGAUAAUGAAAAUAUUAUGAAAGUUAUGAAAAGAAACUAUAAUGUAAAGGAACAAUGUUUUUUUUUUGAAGGCAUCCUAGAUGGUACAAAGGCUGCAUUUGAUUCCCUUGGCACCCCUGACUGGACAGAAAAAUGCAUUGCAUUUGGUGCAGAUGGUGCAUCUGUAAACAUGGGCAUCCAUGGUGGAGUGAUUGUUCUUUUGCAGAGGGAAGUUGGAGAACAUGUGAUUCCCAUACACUGCAUGCCACAUCGGUUAGUGUUUUCUUUUGAAAAGAAUGUAACCUUUACUACUUUUUACUACAUGAAUAUAACUGAAUCUUCUGGCAUAAUAUUUUUGUUUUUUUAUUCACAAUGCCUAUAAGAACUGUCUCUACUGUUACAUCUGGUUUGCAGAAUUAUAAUCAAAAUUUUCUCUAUUUUUUUUGGAUAGGUUAGAGCUGGCGAUUCUCAACCUGCAGCGCUCCGAUGGUAGCAAAAGUGUAUGACCUCCUCCAUCUUGUUUGGAAAACUUAUCAUGUUAGUGCAAAGUCAAGACGGGAGUUGAAUGCCCUUGGAGAACAGCUUGGUGUGGGGGUUUGCACUCCUUCUAGUGUGAAGGGAACAAGAUGGAUUCCUCACGUGCACCGAGCACUGAGUACCCUUCUUAAAUCCGAAAAGAAUGGAGACUUGGUUGCAGACAGUGGUCAGUAUGCGGUCACCUUCUAUCAUAUGGAACACCUGGCCUUAUCUGCUGCCAAUGCUGACAUACUGGGUCGUGCAAAGAAGGGUAUAUCACUUGUUGGUGACAUGUCAGGAAUGAUCCAGCCUGGUGGCCUAGGCAACCAUAAGUUACAGCAGCAAAUCAGUGCUGUCGUUUCUGUUGCUGUUGAGGCCCUACAUGCUCGCUUCGGUAGUCUAAUAAACAAAGACAGCCAGUGUCCAGCAUAUACUGCAAUUGAUUGUUUCAAAAUUUUUAACCAUGACACAUGGCCAGAAAAUGAAGACGUUCUACUAGAUUAUGGCAGUGAGCAGGUGGAUGUUCUUCUAAAUCAUUUUCAAGAAGUACUGCAAAGAGGUGGAUGCCAGACAGACAACGUUCAAGGGGAGUGGAGAAGUCUGAAGACACUUGUAAGACAAACAUUUCAAGACAAGUCCUACAGCAGCUUGUGGCAAACUUUGUCCACCAAAGAGCCAUACAAUGUUGACUACAAGAACAUACUGCACCUUGUCGAGAUGAUGCUGAUUCUACCUAUAUCAGCUGCACAGUGUGAGAGAGGAUUCUCAGCACAGAACCGCAUCAAAAACUCCACUCGAAGCAGUCUGCACGUAUCGACCACGGAGGAUCUUAUUCAAAUCAGCACUGAGGGACCUUCUCUGGAGAGAUAG